AUGCCGGACAUCGACCACUUCUCGGAUUCGGAAAACGAAUCAUUCCACUCCUUUGAUGAUGGCGAACCUGUUCCGCCUUCUCAGCUAAAGCAUGAAUCGCCAUCAACGAUUCAGCCUCAACAUAACGAACGAAAGAAGCGACCAGCACAACCCUCGGAGCCAGAUCCACUGAAACCAAGACCGAUUGUCGAACGGUUCCCAGCCGAAGAAGAAGCCACUCUCUUAGCAGAAUCGAGCUCACUCAAAGGCUCUGCAAACCAAUUGUUCGGCAAAGGCUCCUUCGAGAAUGCCAUCCAGACUUACGACAAAGCACUUUCAUCAUGUCCGAACUAUCUAGACUACGAAGUAGCUGUACUCCGAAGCAACAUCGCCGCCUGCCACCUCAAGCUCGAGGAAUGGAAGGAAGCAAUCGAAAGCGCCGAAAAGGGAGUCGACUGUCUCGAACGGCUAGAACCACUACCCAAACCUCCCAAGCCCAAGCAGAAAGGCCAAGAUGAGCCUGCCCAGACCACAGAGGACGACCAAAUCGUCGAGGUUGACGACAACCUCGCCGAUCGGAUCGAGAACUUACAGAAGUCGGGCCAAACAAUCGACACUGUCCGCAAACUGCAAACGAAACUUCUUCUUCGUCGCGCCAAAGCCAAAUCGCAAAUCGAUACCUGGUCGUCAUUAUCAGGGGCCGACGAGGACUACCGGACUCUACUCUCGCCACAGAUGCAACCUUUCUUGUCUGCUUCGGAUAAGAGGCAAGUGUUAGAGAGUGCUCGAGCGCUGGCACCGAGGCUGAAUACGACAAAGGAUAAGGAGAUGGCUGAGAUGAUGGGGAAGCUGAAAGGACUGGGCAAUUCGUUACUCAAGCCUUUUGGGCUGAGUACGGAGAACUUUCAGUUUGUGAAGGAUGAGAAGAGCGGUGGGUAUAGUAUGAACUUUAAUCAGGGCGGGCAGGCGAAGGAAUAG